AUGCAGCUCCACCACGGGCUGGCCGUCCUCGCGGCCGGUUUCCUCCGCCAAGCGCCAAGGGCGUUGAGUCAUCCUUCAAUCAACAUGCCCAAUGGGUGGUAUCAGUGCUCGACGUACACUGUUUUGGACGGGACCGACCAGAGCGACAACGAUGCCGAUUGCGCGAUGUUCGAGGCUCCUUUGUGUUACCCCGGUAUUUGUGAGGCACCGGUAGAUGCAAAUCCAACGAUUGACGUGUUCGUAAAGCGGAUGCCUGCUUCGAUGGGCAAGGCUAAAAGGGCGUCUAAUCUUUGGCUGAUUGCAGGUGGACCUGGAGCCCCCUCCACGGACAUGGAGUACUUGAUGGAGACAUUGCAUGCGCGCCUCGAUGGAACAGUCAACGUGUAUAUGAUGGAUCAUCGUGGCACUGGACGUAGCACGCUACUGGAUUGCGUAGCAUUACAAAGCAUGACGAAAGGGUCUGCAUCCAGCCGGACAAUCGAUCCCUCCGAGGUUCCGUCUUGUGCUCGAGAACUACACCGUAAGUAUAAAACCCUUGCUCCUUUCUCAACCACAAGCGCUGCCAUGGACAUUUCGGCCUUCAUCUCCGAGUAUACGAAUGGUGCUAGCACCAUUGUUUUCGGUGUGAGCUACGGAACGAUGGUGGUCCAACGUCUGAUGCAUUUCAAUCCGUCAAAUGUGACUGGAUACGUGCUGGAUAGCAUCGUCACCUAUUCAGGAGCACCUGGUGAUAGGGCCUACUUAACAAACGUGGACGCUGAUUUUGGCGAUGUGGGCGAGCGUUUCAUGGCGCUGUGUGCGCAAGACAGCAAGUGUGACUCUCACUUCAAAACCACCGACUUGUCUGCUACGCUUCAUAAUGUGCUCUCCAUUUUUGACAGCGUCUCCAACUCGACGUGUGCCACCCUGAUACGAAAUUCGACAGAUGUACAACCAUCUGUUAUCCUACGACGGACACUGGGCAGGCUAAUGAAGGAUUCACAAAUGCGGCUCAUGAUACCACCGUUGGUAUACAGGAUCAGUCGCUGUGGCACAGAUGAUGUCAACGUCUUGACGCACUUCUUCAAGCACAGAUACGCAAUGAAUUUGAAGACGAACGAAGAUCCGGGUCACACGUCAGUAUUGCUCCACCAUCUUAUCGUGUUUUCAGAAAUGUGGGAGAUACCUACGCCUUCUCACACCGAAUUGAGAAAUCGGCUUAUGGAUGUGAACAUUGCAAGUGGGUCUGCGUUCUACUCGCGUUGCUUAUACUGCGCGUUUUCGAAAGAUAUAUCACCGGGUUGUGAUGAAAUCGAACUUGGCAGAUACGAUGCGGAUGGGAUAACUUAUCCGCGCGACCAGUUAUGGAACAAAAUUCCAAUCUUGCCCGGUCAAGCCAGUGUUCUUCUGAUGAAUGGGAAACUAGACUCUCUGACUCAUUUCAAAUACGCUACGGCUUUGUUUGAGGCGCUCGAUACUACCAGAAAGAAACUCAUUUUAUUCGACAACGCACCACACUCGAUAAUAGAUUCAACACCGUUUGGCGAAGACGAUUACACUUGUGGUGAGGAGCUACUGGCAUCAUUCGUCGCCAACAACGGCGAUCUUGAACGUUUGGACACGUCGUGCAUAGCCAAAUUGCCUGCAUUCAAUAUGACACUGACCCCUGAAUACUUGCACAAUUUCUUUGGCACGAAUGAUGCAUACGACGGCGCAUAG